AUGGCUAUUCUCUCCAAAGAGCGCCCCAAAAAUGAAGAAGUCGCACCAGUCUACAAGUCCAACAUCAUACACGAGAAGUUGAUAUCGGCCAGCAUUGUCACUUCCCCAAUGCGGUCCAAGAUCAAGUGCGUCAACAGCGGAAGCCCGCCCUGCUCCAAAUGUGAGAAGUCGGGCAGAUCGGACUGCGUACUGACCAGACCCCACGUCGCACCGAACGGACGGGCGGCGAAGAGGGCUCGGAAGGCGACGGAAGAGGCUUCGUCUGCAUCGCAUGAUCACGAUGCCGAGUCGCAGCGGCAACUUCUCUCCGCACCCCAUUCGAGGGGCCCAGCGACGCCCUCAUCGGGCCUUGAGUAUCGAGAUGGCAGGCAGGAAACGGACCACCAUCUCGAGCAAGUGCCCAAAGACGUUGUGUAUAUCGCUCUUGAGGCCUUCUGGCGCAAGUUCCCCGAGCUUCGCGUCAUACACCCGUCGUCGUUCAUGAGCUCGUUUGGGUCCAAUCGCCCGAGAGAGAGCAAGGCUUUGUUGGCAACAGUUCUUGCCAUGACCAAGACCCAGAAGCCGGAUUCGGAUCGUCUGCGAUCGCAGAUCCUCUAUCCGAGCGAAAGAUAUGCGUCCUAUGCGAGCGAUGUGUUGGCAGCAUGCAUACUACAGCCGCCAGACGUCAAGGUUAUCCAGGCCCUGCUCAUCCUAACAUUGUAUGAAUGGGGCACGCGAGAUUUUCACAAGGCCUGGAUGCAUUGUGGAAUCGCGAUUCGAAUGAUGCAGCUACUUCACAGCUCGCGAGUAGCGCCCUUCCCACUCGAGAUCCCACGCCGCAGCGAGCCGAAUAGCCUGACUCCCGCCAUCGAAACCAGGACAUUCUGGGCCUGUUUCAUCAUGGAUUGUAUGGUGAGCUCGGGAACCUACAAUCCACGGGUUCUUCCCAAGCAGGAGAUGGCUAAGCUCAACGUGCCGCGCCCGCCUACCUCUUCGGAGUUUGCUCUCGGACCAGGGUCAUCAGCGCAACCAGAAGGCGCGGGGGAGGAUUUCACAUCAAGCGGAACUGCGACUUCGGUAUAUCUUGAUCUGGACCAGAGUUUCGGGGUCAUGGCUGAUGGAUUCGACAUCUACUCCGACAUCAUGGCCUUCGUAUUCAACGACGGACGCAAAGCCCCGGGCAUGUGCUUGCCUGAGAAUUGCCCGUGGAUUUCUACCUCUCCUGUGGCGUGUUGGCGUCGAAGGCUCGAAGAAUGGAGAUCGAAACAACACCAUAGGCUACACUAUCCCAAUAAUAGUGUCGCGGCAUACGCCACCCUGGGCUAUGGGGAAUCCUUCGUUUACUUGAAUUUACUAUAUUACCAAAGCAUCGUCAUGCUACAGAGAGAGUACUUUCCAUUCUUGCCAACUACAGACAUGACUCCUUGCGGACCUAUUGACCCGCCAACACUUGAGGCUGAGGCUCCCCCAGGAUGGUGGGAGCAGAGUGCAAAAGAGCUGUUUGAGGCGGCGGCUCACCUAUCAAGCGUUCUCCAAGAAGCUUCAGAAUGCGGUGUGGCAGUCAUGACGCCAUUCGCCGGUUUCUGCGCCUUCUCGUCUUGCUACAUUAACCUUUAUGGUUUCAUGUUCCCGCGAAUAACUGCUGGGUAUGGCACGAAGACGGAAGAGUUGAUGAACUCGAGUAUAGAAUAUCUCAAUAAGUUCCGCGAGGUCUGGGACCUCGGCGACGGAUGGCUCAAGACGAUCCAAAACGGGUCGCUGAUGUAUCAAAGAGCGACAUCCGAUGCUCAGAGAUAUCGCGGUCGAUCUCGCUUCGACUUCAGUGUAUUACAUCAGUCUGUGCACGAGUUUCGGAUCGUUGAUAGGUCUGCCCAACAUCUAGAGGAAAUCAACAAUGCUGAACGAAGCACUGUCACUGCAACGGAAUGUACUAACGGCUCAGGCGACAAGCCAAUUCAAAGUAUCACUGGGUUGAAUCCGCACGCACUGAUAGAUGCUGCUGGCAGCAUGGAUGAUCAAGGUCUUUGGCCAAAUUGGUGGUCCAUGCUAGAAGACGUGGAUGCUUCAGAGAUAUUCACAAUGAGCUAG